AAAAGCAGAAUUUACAUUCAGGGAUUUAACCUAAUUUUGGUUGCUGUUGUGUUCCGAAAAUAAUGUGCCAUUUGCUCAUUUACAUAUGUGGCGCUUUUUGGCUUAUGAAGUACUCCUCGUGUUUGUUAUAUCUGAAUAGUUAAGGUGUUUAUUUCGUUGCGACAUGUUACAUUGUUGUUAUUAUGACUUAAGCAUUAUUGUGUACAUUUCCCUCAAAUUAGGAACAAAUAUAACAUUUAUUGUAGUUGUAGAAGUUGGGUAAAUAUUAACUUCUACCCUGUACUGCCUUAAAAGUGCUGUUGUGUGCUAUAUCAUUAUUUCACUCAUUAGCAAACGUGUUAAUAUAACCUAAUGGUAGCAUUGCAAACUAUUUGUAUAUAAACUCAAGUUUGUACAGCUUUUUCAACAAAAUAUUCAAGUUUUUCUCAUAGUUUUGUUUUUUGACCACAUAAAAAGGAGUAACAAGGAAUAUUGUACUAUGAAAUAUGAAUAUGUUAAAGAUUUUGUUAAAGGAACUAUGUUCUUAACGAUCCAAUUCUAACAUAAAUGCAUCAGGUAUACCGGAAAAGGUUUAAAAACAGCAGUUGAUAUUGCAGUCCCCGAUAGAUUAUUAAGCAUCCCGAUUUCUAUUCGAGUAACGGACAGACAUUUCUCUUUUCCAUCCACGGCAUGCGCAUGGCCAACAUGGCGGAGUUUUGGUCGCAGCUGUCUUUUGUGUUGAGGCGUUAAAGUUUGCAUGAUUUCGUUUAAUUAUCUAGUUCAUGUGUAAUUAAAGGCAUCUGUGUUUAUCUGCAGUCGUAUAGUGAUCGGUUAAAAUCGUUAGUAGCGUAAAAUUUUAAUUUCAAAUUUCCACCAAGAUGGCAGACGUUGAAACUAUGCAGGAGGAAAAAAUACAGGAAAUUGUUGAAGAAACCAAGCCAAAAGAAAAUGGAAAAAACAAAGCAGAUUCUGCAACUGAAUCUGACAGCGAUGACGAAUCUAUGCCAGAUUUAGACGAAAAUCCUGAUGUUCCAAUGACAACUACUGCUGACGGAAAUACUUCUCCACAAGUCACUAACACUUCCGAUCAACAAAUCCCAUCAAUUCCCGAGAUGUCCGAGAUGCUUGGAGGUGGUGACGCCAGUGGUGGCAAAUCGAAGCAAAGCAGAAGUGAGAAGAAAGCAAGAAAGACGCUGUCGAAACUUGGUCUUAAGUUGGUUACUGGAAUCAACCGGGUAACUAUUCGAAAAUCAAAGAACAUCCUUUUCGUUAUCAACCGUCCUGAUAUCUACAAGAACCCAGUAUCUGAUACUUACAUUGUAUUCGGAGAAGCUAAGAUUGAAGAUCUUUCCCAGCAAGCUCAACUUGCGGCAGCCGAGAAGUUUAAGAACAAGUCGACAACAGCUACCGAGUCUGCAACAGCUGUGAAUGCUGUGCAAGAAGAAAGUGAUGAGGAGGUUGAUGAGUCCGAAGUUGAAACCAAGGAUGUUGAGUUGGUGAUGCAACAAGCCAGUGUGUCGAGAAGUAAAGCCGUUAAAGCCCUCAAGAACAAUGGGAAUGACAUUGUCAACGCCAUUAUGGAACUCACAAUGUAGCAGUAGCUCACUAUUGCUACCUGGUGGAUGAACUUUUUAACAAUGACGCCCCAGUGCUGCUCAAUAGUGUUUCCAGUUGUUAAAAUUCUUCUUAAACCAAUUUAAAGCCAGGCAACACUAGGUUGCAAAUGACCGUUACAAAUCGUUUUUUUUUAGUGAGGCUUACACGUGGUUUAACUUUGUAAUGUAAUCGUAGUAAAACAAGAAUUUCGUUUGCAGUUCGCAUGGCAUCGUCGUCCAAUGGUAAAAUAAAGAACCCAGUAAUAUAA